UUCUCCAGUCUUUGCAAAAAGCAAAUUGUGAAAAUGUAGCAAGAACCAAAAAGAAUGUAUAGGUUUAUGCUCAUAGCCCUAAAGCACAUUACUUUAUGUCCAAGUCCUUUCCUCUCCUCACCCCCUGCCCAUGAAUAUUUAGAUCUGUGGUUCUCAACACUAAGCUUCACUUUAUGAAGUGAGUUAAAAGUCAUAAUCCUGUCAUUCUCCACCUGAGAAUGGAGUGAGGGAGAGGGAUGAGAUGUCACUGGGAUUGGAGUUAUUUUCCCCUGAUUGUAAUGUGCUGCUGGGACUGAGAACCACUGGUCUGGGAUUAAUCCUUUCCUCUAUGGGCCCCUUUACAAAUGAAGACAGGGUGUAUGCAAGCCUCUUCUCCAGAUCGCAGAGAGCUUUUAACCCGGAAAAGACUCAGAGAUAAGAAUAUAACCCAUUAUGAUGGGUAGUAUAAAAUUUGGAUAUGUAAGUAGGUUAUAUUUCUUCUCUGUUUGGUGACAGUUAAUUUUAGUUUGUUGAUAAGAGAUUGGAAGUAAUUCUUUCUCAUUUAUACAUCAGACUGACAUAAUGAGAAAUGAAUUUGAAAGACUGGCUGCUCGACAACCAAUUGAAUUGCUCAGUAUGAAACGGUAUGAACUUCCAGCCCCUUCCUCGGGACAGAAAAAUGAUAUUACUGCUUGGCAGGAAUGUGUAAACAAUUCUAUGGCCCAGUUAGAACAUCAAGCAGUUCGAAUUGAGAAUCUGGAACUGAUGUCACAGCAUGGAUGCAAUGCCUGGAAAGUAUAUAAUGAAAAUCUAGUUCAUAUGAUUGAACAUGCACAGAAAGAGCUCCAGAAGUUAAGGAAACACAUUCAAGAUUUAAACUGGCAGCGAAAGAACAUGCAACUCACAGCUGGAUCUAAAUUAAGAGAGAUGGAGUCAAAUUGGGUAUCCCUGGUCAGUAAGAAUUAUGAGAUUGAAAGGACGAUUGUGCAAUUAGAAAAUGAAGUCUUUCAAAUGAAGCAGCAACACGGAGAGGCAAACAAAGAAAAUAUCCGUCAGGACUUCUGAGAGACAGGUUCUUUUGGUAGAGGAAGGCGAGCUAGAUCUCUACUGGUCAGGAGCUUGAGCUAGGACAGACAUCAUCUGUGGACAUCAUCAGUACUGAAUGUUUAGACACUGUAGAAUAUGAACUGUUUGUUAUGAAUUCUGUGUGUAUGUUUACCAAAUAAAAACAUUUCAA